AUGUGUCCAAUUGAAGAAUGGGUCUACAAGGGCAAAUUUACACCACCUGCGUGCCCUCAUAAUGAUUUUGAGCUAGAAGAUAUUUUUAUCGAUAUCAAUAAUCAGGUCUACGUAUCUGACUGUAAAAAUAUUCUGAUGACGACAUUGAAUUCGGUUGUCAGUCAAUCAGUAUUGAAAUCACUAGAUUUGUACACAUGCCAAGAAAAGCAUAAGGAAUGUAAAGAGAAGCAACCAAAAAGUCUUUUUGUCACGUCCGACGAUACCAUUUAUAUUGAUAAUGGUGUUCGAGGUACCAUUAAUACAUGGUCACCAGGUGGACGCAAUGGUUCAAUCAACCUGGGAACUUUUACUGAUUCUUGUUACGGGCUAUUUGUUGAUACUAAUGAUACAAUUUACUGUUCUAUGUCAGAAUCUCAUAUAGUUAUAAAGAAAUCACUCAGAAUUAAUACUAGUUCAUGGGAAACAGCUGCCGAAUACGCUAUAGAAGAACCAUACGAGCUCGACCAACCUGAUGGAAUCUUUGUUAACGACAACUUUAAUUUGUACGUAGCAGAUUGGGAGAAUGACAGGAUUUUACUUUUCGAACCUGCACAAACAAGUGGGAAAACGAUAGUAUCUGAAGGAAAAAUAACCGAUAUCUGGCUUCAUAAACCAACAGAUAUUACAUUGGAUGCUGAUGACAAUUUAUAUAUUGUAGACAGCCAUAAUACUCGAAUCAUAUUUGUCAACUCAGAGUUUACUCAGUAUCGAUGUUUAGUCGGCUGUCCUAAAAACUCGAAUUACAAGAACGUCAAAGAUCAAGAGAUGCUAGAUAGUAUCAGUUUCGAUCGAUCUGGAAAUAUGCUUGUUAGUGACCCAAAAAAAAAGCAAAUUCUAAAAUUUACUCCCAAAUUUAACUCCACAUCGGAAAACUGUGUUGAAAACUCAAAGGAAGAUAUAACAACAACUUAUAGUCCACCUCGAAUUGAAAAUACAAGUGGUUAUGGUAAUGUUACCAAAAAUUCCACGUCGAGUACAAAAAGUUAUUCUACUGAUUUAUCAACAAUAUCAACUGGAACAGAUGACAACAAAUCUUUGAGUGAAACAAGCUCUUUACCAAAAUCGGAUGAUUCAUCUUCAAUUAUCACAACAACUGAUAGUUCAGUUACAACACCUACAACUGAUAUUUCAGCUGCACCAACUACAACUGACAGUUCAGUUACAACAACUACCACUGGUAGGUCCACUACAACAACUGCAGCUGAUAACGCAGCUACCACUGGUAGGUCAACUACAACAAGUACAACUGAUAGCUCAACUACAACAACUAUAACUGAUAGUUCAGUUACAACAACUGCAACUGGUAGGUCAACUACAACUGAUAGCUCAGUUACAACAACUGCAAGCGAUAGCUCAACUACAACUGGUGGAUUAACUGCCACAACUACAACUGAUAGUUCAGCUACAACAACUGCAACCGAUAGCUCAGCUACAACAACUACAACUGGUAGGUCCACUACAACAACUACAACUGAUAGCUCAGUUACAACAACUGCAAGCGAUAGCUCAGCUGCACCAACUACAACUGAUAGUUCAGUUACAACAACUACCACUGGUAGCUCAGUUUCAACAACUACCACUGAUAGCUCAGCUACAACAACUGCAACUGAUGGCUCAAAUACCACAACUACAACCGAUAACUCAGCUACCACUGGUAGGUCAACUACAACAAGUACAACUGAUAGCUCAGUUACAACAACUGCAACCGACAGUUCAGCUACAACAACUACACCUGAUAGCUCAGUUAUCACAAUCACCACUGGUAGGUCAACUACAACAACUACAACUGAUAGCUCAACUACAACAACUACCAUUGGUAGGUCCACUAUAACAACUACAACUGAUAUUUCAGCUACAACAACUGCAACUGAUAGUUCAGCUACAACAAUUACAACUGAUAGUUCAGUUACAACAACUACCACUGGUAGGUCAACUACAACAACUACCACUGAUAGCUCAGAUACAACGACUGAAACAGAUAUUUCAGCUACCACAACUACAACUGAUAGCUCAGCUACAAUAACUACCACUGGUAGGUCAACUACAACAACUGCAACUGAUAGCUCAGUUACAAUAACUACCGCUGGUAGGUCAACUACAACAACUACCACUGAUAGCUCAGCUAAAACAACUGCAAAUGGUCGAUCAACUACAACAUCUAUAUUGAAACCAACGAUUGAUGAAAAGCCCGCAUCUAAUUUCGUUGCACCGAAUUGUUCCGAUUCAAGUGUAAUUGGACUUUUUUGUAAUAUUUCAUCUCAACCAUGCGAUAUCUAUAAACCUUGUCGAAAUCUUGGUAUUUGUACGAAUAAUUUAACAUAUCCUCUUGGUUAUACAUGUCUAUGUCAACCUGAUUUUAGUGGCACGAAUUGUGAAACUAAUAUUCAACCAUGUCACUUAAAUACUUGUUUACAUGAUGGUAACUGUACUAACGUUAAUAGUACACACUUUUUCUGCAAUUGUACAGAUGGGCGCACUGGUAUCAAUUGUGAAAAUUUAGUUAAUUAUUGUCAUAAUGUUACUUGUCUUAACAAGGGUAUUUGUCAACCAUUACUUCUUGAUUAUGAAUGUAGAUGUGUAUCGAGUAGUUUCACAGGCGAUCAUUGUCAAAACGUAGCACAAAGUCUAGUUGUUCACCAGUUCGUUUCAAAAACAUUUGGUUAUAUUGCUAUUAUUGCUAUAUUGGUAGUUGCCGGUUUUGUCGUUAUAAUGGAUAUUUUAAAAUAUGGGUUUGGUAUUGAUCCAGUUUGUAAAGAACGUGAUCUUCUUCGACGUCGCAGAUCUCGAUUUAGACAAAGCAAUCUUCAAAAACAAAAACUUCAAAACAAACUUUAUUUGCGACAUUUGAGAUAA